AUGUGUAGCACCCUCUAUUCCCCUAUUCUGUACAUUUUGUUACGUGCUUCUCCCUCAAGACGACCAAUUCAGCGACAUCAUGUCAUUAGUCAAGCGACCAUUCAGCAUACUCCUCAGGCGCAGCUAUAGACAACCAAGGCUCGCCUCACAUCCUCGACAAAGCACACUUUGCGCAUACACCAACCUACUCAAUGCGCAACCGCGUCUCUUCAGCACAACCACCUUCUCGCGCUACGACCAUGCGCCAAGCACGCUCACAGACCGUCGCUACUUCCAACUAGCAGACACAACCCUCUCACACCUCCUCACAGAACUUGAACGUGAAGCAGAUGCCAAUGAUUUACUAGAAGAUGUGGAAUACGCCGAUGGCGUCAUGAAUGUCACGGUUGCAACGGCCGGAACGUAUGUGAUUAAUCGACAACCACCCUCGAAACAGGUAUGGCUCAGUUCACCGUUAUCUGGACCAAAGCGCUUUGAUUAUGUCGAGGGCGUUGGGUGGGUGUAUAAAGAUGGAACGGCAUUGAAGGCGUUGUUGGUGGAGGAGUGGACACAGGCUGGCUUGAAGAUUGAUCUGGAGGGCUUGGGACUCCAUGAGCAUGCUUAGACUAUCAUGGCAAGGCAGCAGGCUUCGUCUCUGAUGGAGUGCACGAUCAGGGCAUCUCCUCAUCCUCUUCACAUCGAAGAAGAAGCGCAUGCUAUUGAACACGACCACUCCCCAAG